AUGAAGCGCGCGCUUGCGCUGCUUCUGUGCUUGGGCCUGGCGAGGACCUUCUCAGGCCGUCCGCUGUGCCCGCGGACGCACUUUGCAGGUCUCCGAAAACUGAAGGUGCGGGCCCAGCCCGGGGCGGACGCAUCAGCGGAGUCCGAGAAGGCCAAUGUGGUGGAGGCCUUUUGGAAGUUCCUCAGGCCGCACACCAUCCGCGGCACCAUCCUAGGCUCCAGCGCCAUGGUGACCCGCGUGGUCAUAGAGAAUGGCCAGGCGCCCGACUGGUCCCUGCUUCCAAAAGCGGCGCUGGGGGUGCUGGCGUUGCUGUGCGGCAAUGGCUACAUUGUGGGCAUCAACCAGAUCUACGAUGUCAGCAUCGAUGUCAUCAACAAGCCCUUCUUGCCGGUGGCUGCCAAAGAGCUUUCCGUGACGCAGGCCUGGGUGCUCAUCUCCGUGAUGGCGGUGCUCGGGGUUGGCUUGUCCUACAGCCUCUUCGGCCCCCUGAUUGGGUCGCUGUAUGCCUUCGGCCUGUUCCUUGGGACCAUCUACAGCGUGCCGCCUUUGCGACUGAAGAAGUCUGCAAUAGCGGCGGCACUCAUCAUUGCGACUGUUCGAGGCUUCCUGCUGAACUUCGGGGUCUAUUAUGCCACACGGGCCAUGCUCGGGGUUCCCUUUGGGUGGAGCUUCCCCACCAUCUUUAUCACCUGCUUCUGCUCGGUCUACGCCCUGGUGAUCGCAGUCACCAAGGACUUGCCGGACGUGCAGGGCGACCUUGAGAACAAGAUUGACACUUUUGCCACACGUUUCGGCGUAGGGACCGUGGCAACUGCAGCCAGCAUGGUGCUCCUGGCGAACUACGGCGCCGCUUUGGCCUGGACGCGGAGUGUCCCUGCGGCCUUCCGGCCCCAAGUGUUGCUACCAGCGCAUGGGAUCCUGGCGGCUAUGCUGGCCCGCGGGCUGCUGCGCCUGCGGCGCACCAAGUUCAGCCAAGAGGGCGUCAAGGCUUUCUACAGGCUGAUUUGGCUUCUCUUCUACUCCGAGUAUUUUCUGUUUCCAUUUGUCUGA